GGCCCCAGCGCCGGAAGCGGCCGGUAGAGGCGGCCUCGUGGACAGGACGGCGGCAUGGGGCAGUCCGGGAGGUCCCGGCACCAGAAGCGCGCGCGCGCCCAGGCGCAGCUCCGCAACCUCGAGGCCUACGCCGCGCAGCCGCACUCGUUCGUGUUCGCGCGAGGCCGCGCGGGCCGCAGCGUCCGGCAGCUGAGCCUGGACGUGCGGCGGGUCAUGGAGCCGCUCACCGCCAGCCGCCUGCAGGUUCGGAAGAAGAACUCGCUGAAGGACUGCGUGGCCGUGGCCGGGCCCCUGGGGGUCACCCACUUCCUGGUCCUGAGCAAGACGGACAGCGCCGUCUACUUGAAGCUGAUGCGCCUGCCGGGGGGGCCCACCUUGACCUUCCAGGUCAGCAAGUACGCGCUGGUGCGGGACGUGGUCUCCUCGCUGCGCCGGCACCGCAUGCACGAGCAGCAGUUCAGCCACCCGCCGCUCCUGGUGCUCAGCGGCUUCGGCCCCCAGGGCAUGCACGUGAAGCUCACGGCCACCAUGUUCCAGAACCUCCUCCCCUCGCUCAACGUGCACAAGGUGAACCUGAACACCAUCAAGCGCUGCCUGCUCAUCAGCUACAACGCCGACUCGCAGGAGCUGGACUUCCGGCACUACAGCAUCAAGGUGGUGCCCGUGGGCGCCAGCCGGGGGAUGAAGAAGCUGUUGCAGGAGAAGUUCCCCAACAUGAGCCGCCUGCAGGACAUCAGUGAGCUGCUGGCCACGGGCGCAGGGCUGUCGGAGAGCGAGGCCGAGCCCGACGGCGAGCACAACAUCACCGAGCUGCCCCAGGCUGUGGCCGGGCGCGGCAACAUGCGGGCCCAGCAGAGCGCCGUGCGGCUCACGGAGAUCGGCCCUCGGAUGACGCUGCGGCUCAUCAAGAUCCAGGAGGGCGUGGGCGAGGGCAACGUGCUGUUCCACAGCUUCGUGCACAAGUCCGAGGAGGAGCUGCAGGCCAUCCUGGCGGCCAAGGAGGAGAGGCUGCGGCUCAAGGCGCAGAGGCAGGCCCGGCAGGCCCAGGACGUCCAGCGCAAGCGCGAGCAGCGGGAGGCCCACAGGAAGAAGAGCCUGAAGGGCAUGAAGAGGACCCGGGCCGCGGCCGAGGGGGACAGUGACGCUGAGGACCCCGGCGCGCCCCCCGAGGCUGCGCAGGGCGCCGGCCGCAGGCAGGAGGAGGAGGAGGAGGACGAUGCCGAGUACUUCCGCCAGGCCGUGGGCGAGGAACCUGACGCAGACCUGUUCCCCAGAGCCGCCCCACGGAGCCGGCCCCCGGGGCCCCCAGGCAAGAAGCGGCGGCGGACGGAGAAGCCAGCCCGGAGCCGGCGGCCGGACGGGGACCGGAGGCCUCCGAAGCACCAGGGCGGGCCACGGGGAGCCCAGGCCAAGCUGGGGCCCCGAGGGCGCAGCCGGGUGCGGCCGCCAAAGAAGGGGGCCUGAGCCCGGGCCGCCGAGCCGGACUGCCCCAGAUUGGGGCCCGGGGGCUCCCAGCAGCCCUCGGUUUCCUUUCAUAAAGGAGUCUGCACCCCAAUAAACGACCUAAGCU